CAAUGUUAUAACACCGUGCUUUUGAAAGUAAGUUUUAAAAGUUUUAUGUGAUUCGAAUCAUUUAAAUUUGUGAAUCCAAAACUUUGAAAGUUGGAUUCAAAGAAAUACGAGCAUAUUCUAAUAAGCAAUCUACAAUAACUAAAUAUAGAAAUAGAAAAUCUAUGGAAUAGGUAUAUUAAGGGGAAACCUACAUAUCUACAAAACAAUAUUUGCAAAUUCUGACCUAAUUUCCAAAACUAACAUAAAAUAUUAAAUUGUCUGAACAUUUUAAAAAAAAGUUAGGAUCAAAUCCUUAAAUAUAAGCUACUGUUAAAGAAACAGUAUGUCUUAUAAUGGAAAAGCAAAGACAGUAAGAAUAAGAAAUAAGGACUAAACAAGUAAUAUAAAAUUUUUUAAAUCAUCGAUCUAUUAGAGGUGUAGAGUAAUAAGUGAAUAAAAAUGCUUCAGCAAUAAUAAUCAAAUAAUCAAACUUUGAUAUUAAAUUAUCAAUCAAAAUAUUUUUGAUAACUCUCUUUGUUUUUAUUUUCUUAUAUUAAGCCAGUGGAUGUGAAAGUUUUUUACUUUGA